AUGAUGGGUUGUUCGUCUUCUACAAAUGCAACAUCUAACGUUCAACUUAGACACUUAUCAUCAAGUCAUGAAGAAUCUUUACCAAUGACGAAAACUAUUCUACAGACGGCACGUUUUCUUGAAAGUUGUCUUAUUAUUUGGCUUUAUAAUGAGACUUCAAAUAAAUUUGACAACGAAAUAAAACACUUACGAAAGCUCGUUUAUGGAUUAAAAACAUUUACUGAUAUCGAUGCAUGUAUUACUUUUAUCAAUAAUGUUCAAGAUGAAAAGGUAUUUCUUAUUAUAUCUGAUAUGUAUCAAACAUUCGAAUGUUUUCAUCAUUUACCACAACUUGAGAAACUCUAUAUAUUCGAUUCCUUUCAAGUACUAAAUGAAAUGAAACAUCAAACUUUAAAAUAUGAUAUUAUUCAGAAUAUCAAUAGCCUUUACAAGCAACUUCAAGAAGAUAUCCAAGUGUGUGAAAUGGAUUUUAUGUCUAUUAGUGUUGUGUCGGUAUCAUCACAAGAUAUUUCAUUCUCGUCAAAAUUGACAAAACAACAAGCAUCAUUUCUUUUCGGACAAAUGAUUAAAGAAAUUAUUUCUCGUCUUAAAUUCGAAAGUUCUUCUAAAGAUGUUUUGAUCGAUUUUUGUCGAAUGCAUUAUACGAACAAUGAUGAACAAUUACGUUUAAUUGAUGAAUUUGCAAAAAAUUAUCGGCCACAUAAAGUUUUCUGGUGGUUAACAAAUCAAUGUUUCAUUUCAAAAAUACUAAAUCGUGUACAACGUACACGUGAGAUAGAUAUUAUCUAUAAAUUUGGUUUUCUUAUCAAACAAGCAAAUAUACAACUUAACCGAUUACACGAAGAAAAUGCAUCACUUAUGAAAAUGAUAUCUGUCGUUUAUCGCGGUAAAAUCAUGUCACAUGUUGAAUUUAAUACUACCAUAAAGAAUUAUUGUGGUGGUUUUCUUUCAUUUAAUAGUUUUCUUAUCGCUACUAGUAACAAAGAAGUUGCUAUUGAUUUUGUUAAUUGUCGGCUAGCAAUGCAUCUUGAUAUGACAGGUAUUAUUUUCGAAAUAGAUAUCGAUCAGACGCUAUUUAAUGAAAAAAAUCCGUUUGCUUUACUCAAAGAUGCAGAUAUGAACAAAGAUGAAGUUUGCUUUUAUAUGAAUACCAUUUUUCGCAUUGAAUCUAUUGAACAAACUACGAAUGGUGUAAUGAUUAUAUGGUUGGUUAAAUUAAAACUAAUUAAUGAUACUGAUCAAGAACUUCUUCAUAUUCUAGCUGCUACUCGAAAUCCUGAAAUACAUUCUAAUCAAGGCUAUUUUUUGGGUAAAUUGCUGAUAGACAUGGAGGAAUAUAAACGUGCUGAGCAGGUUCUUUUUGGAUUAUUGCAAGAUCCUAAUUUUUGUAGUCAACCUCGGCGUCUUGUACGUUUACAUAAUGGUCUUGCUGCUAUUUAUACCUACAACAAUGAAUAUGUCAAAGCCUUACAUCAUUAUCAUCAAGCACUUCAAAUGAGCUUGACUUAUCUACAAUCUGAUCAUCAAAAUCUUGCACCUAUGUAUAAAGCAAUCGCUGAUAAUCAUUUCAACCAAAGAGACUAUAUUCAUGCUUUAGAAAACUAUGAGAAGGCAAUGAAAUUGUUGGAAAAUGAUAUAGCACAAAUAAAUUUCGAGAUUAUUACUGAUCUGAAAACUAGCAUCAGCAUGACAAAGCAAUUGAUUGAAAGUAAUAAGUAA